AUGCAAGAGCAAAAGAUCGAGACUGAGUUCGGUACGCUCUGGACUGCCUGCAGUGAACCUCAGGCAUCUUCCAAGUCGAACCCAGCUAUCUUGUUUCUACAUGGCAGUGCAACUAGCUCACGUAUCUUCGAGCCGCUUCAAAACUCGCCCGAGCUCAAAUCCAAUUACAAACUCGUUGCUUUCGAUUUUCCAGGCCACGGCCGCUCUUCCGACGCUCCUGACCCCAACAAAUCCUAUUACCAGUACGCCUAUGCAGAAGCCGCUCUGGAAGUCCUCCAGCAUUACGACAUCAAGCAAGUUAUAAUACUAGGCUGGAGCCUUGGUGGGCAUGUCGCGCUGGAAUUUGUCUCUGUGCUCGCGAAUGCCAAAAAGCCCACUGACAUUCGUAUCGCCGGCAUCAUGAUUACCGGAACGCCGCCAGUGCCCAAACAGGCAAUUGCCGGUUUCCGCAAAGAUGCCAACGUAUCAGCCCUGUUCAACCCGGAGGCUUCCAAGGAGGACCUGAUCAAGGUCGCGGGUGUUCUUACCAAAUCUGCACCGCCAGAUUGGCUGAUUGAAGAUGUCUUGCGUACGAACCGCUUGACCGGUAAGACUAUGGGUACCAAAUUCAUGGAAGGCUACUGCAGUGAUCAGAUCAAGAUUUUACACGAUUUCAAAGGGUGGAUAGCCGUCGUCAACGGUGGAGCUGAGCCCCUUUUGGACCUGGACUACUGUGAUUCUGUCUGCAAAGGAGCUCCUCGACUGUGGCGUGGUGAAUGUAUCAGGCUCAAGGAUGAAGGACAUGCACCGUUCUUCGAUAAUCCGCAAGGCUUUCUAACGGUGUUCUUGGACUUCCUUGAUAGCUGCAAAUUGUAG